AUGGAGUGUGAGAUCCAGGAUUGGAAUUAUCCAGAAAUUCCUACGCUGCGUCUGAACGAAUUUAAUAUUAUAGAAGUCAGAAGACAUUUUAACAGUGUGAUAAUGGCCCUUGUUUGCAUCUGUAACGAUUAUGGAAUGACUCUGCUCGAAAGUCUGGCCAAGGACUUAAAUCGAAUGCGACAGGCGCGAAUUAUCCUGUGGAUGGACAAAAAACUAACACAUAAUUUACUUAAUGUGAUUGCCGCUCAAGUGGAGAAACAUGAGUUUUAUCAAAUGAUUAUCCUUGAAGCUACGCAACAUCCGAUGGACACAAUACCGAUACGACGCCUUGACAUUUUUCCAAGUAUUAAAUUUGAAAAAAUCGAUGAUAUUUUAGACCUUAAAGGACCCAUAUUUUACACGCCCGAGGAAAACUUCAAAGGCAAAGUCUUCAAUCUGCUGCCUGAUUGGGAGGCGACCAUGUGUAUCAAUGUCACUUUAUCGCCAGGUGUUUCGAUACCCAUAGUUCGAAAUAGUGACUACGGCAUUAUCCAGUUCGCCUUCAUAUACAAUUUGAGUUUCAGAGUUUUGAAUGCCUCGUACAAGUUGCCAGUGGACGGCACAUCUCUGGUUCCCGACAUCCAAUUGAAAACCCAAGUGCACACGAAUAUGGAAAAUUUAAAGAAUUGGAAUCCCCACGACAUAUCCUCGCUAAUGGUUGCUGUUCCCUGCGGCAAAGAGCUGAGCAUCGAGGAAGUCUUCAAGCAACUGGAUGUAAACUCUUGGCUGCGACACAUUUUCUUUGUCUACAUCAUAUUCGUGGUGGCUGAAGCCUUUAUACUCGUUAUAACCCACAGAAUAUCCGGCAGAUCCUGCCGCUUCAGCCAUCUAAUUCCAGUGCUAAAUCUUCGUGCAUUUCGAGCUAUUUUGGGCAUGUCCUUUCCGAUCAGUCGAAGAUCUAGCCUAUCGCUUCGUCAGCUUUUUCUGGCAAUCAACAUUUUUGGACUGAUCUCCAGCAGCUUCUUCAACUGCAAGUUGAAAGCUGUCCUGAUGAAGCACUCCGACCAGCCACACGUUAAAAACUUUGAGGAUUUACGAGACAGUGGACUGGACGUAAUCGCAGGACCUGCGAUGGAUGCAUUUCUAAAUAGUGAAACUGGAGCUGAUUUCGUUAGGAACAAGUUGAUAAACUUGAAGUCUGUUAGCCAGUGGGAACAGAUUGAAAUGCUGCUGAACGCGAACACCUACAACGCAUACCUCAUGUUCUCAGAGAACUGGGAAGUCCUGAAUAAAUUUCACAAAUACUACGGCCGCAGCUUGUUGUGCAGGUCCAAAAACUUGACCAUCAUAGAAGCUCUGCCCAUGACCUAUAUCCUCAAGAAUAACUCCAUGCUGGACAGGAGCCUGUUCAGGUUUAUGAUGCGAUUGCAUGAGCACGGCUUUGUGGGUCAUUGGCUGAAGCAAUCACCAUACAUUCUGGGCAAAGCAGUCAACACAACUAUUCAGCGAAAUUAUGUGGAAAGAGAAAAGGCCUUGUCACUUCAUCACUUCGAAUGGCUUUGGUGUAUUCUUGUCUGCGGCUAUGGGUCUGCAAUUAUUGUUUUCAUCAUUGAGAUCGUUUUUGGGGGUCAGAGAAAAACCCGCCAUAGUGACAUAUCUCAUGUGUAA